CGGGCCGGCCUCCCCUUCCCGUCCGGUCCCCAUGGAGGCGCUGGGGAAGCUCAAGCAGUUCGAUGCCUACCCCAAGACUCUGGAGGACUUCCGGGUUAAGACCUGCGGGGGCGCCACGGUGACCAUCGUGAGCGGCCUCCUCAUGCUGCUGCUGUUCCUGUCCGAGCUGCAGUACUACCUCACGACCGAGGUGCACCCGGAGCUCUACGUGGACAAGUCGCGGGGAGAUAAGCUGAAGAUCAACAUCGAUGUCCUUUUCCCGCACAUGCCUUGUGCCUAUCUGAGCAUUGAUGCCAUGGAUGUGGCUGGGGAACAGCAGCUGGAUGUGGAACACAACCUAUUCAAGCAGCGGCUGGAUAAGGAUGGCGUCCCCGUGAGCUCAGAGGCAGAGCGGCAUGAGCUUGGGAAAGUCGAGGUGAAAGUGUUCGAUCCUGACUCCCUGGACCCUAAUCGCUGCGAGAGUUGCUAUGGUGCUGAGACCGAAGACAUCAAAUGCUGUAACACAUGCGAGGAUGUGCGGGAGGCCUACCGCCGGCGUGGCUGGGCCUUCAAGAACCCAGACACCAUCGAGCAGUGCCAGCGGGAGGGCUUCAGCCAGAAGAUGCAAGAACAGAAGAACGAGGGCUGCCAGGUCUAUGGCUUCUUGGAAGUCAACAAGGUCGCUGGGAAUUUCCACUUUGCCCCAGGGAAGAGCUUCCAGCAGUCCCAUGUGCACGUACAUGCUGUGGAAAUUCACGACUUGCAGAGCUUCGGCCUAGAUAAUAUCAACAUGACCCACUACAUCCGGCACCUGUCAUUCGGGGAGGACUACCCGGGUAUCGUGAACCCCCUUGACCGCACCAAUGUCACUGCCCCACAAGCCUCCAUGAUGUUCCAGUACUUCGUGAAGGUGGUGCCCACGGUGUACAUGAAGGUGGAUGGGGAGGUACUGCGGACAAACCAGUUCUCUGUGACUAGACAUGAGAAAGUUGCCAAUGGGCUGAUGGGUGACCAGGGGCUGCCUGGUGUCUUUGUGCUCUACGAGCUCUCGCCCAUGAUGGUGAAGCUAACAGAAAAGCACAGGUCUUUCACUCACUUCCUGACAGGUGUGUGCGCCAUCAUCGGGGGCAUGUUCACAGUGGCAGGACUCAUCGACUCGCUCAUCUAUCACUCUGCUCGAGCCAUCCAGAAGAAAAUCGAUCUCGGGAAGACGACGUAGUGGCCCUAUUACCCCUCUUCACCCCCACCUCCACCCCCUUUCUCUUGACCUUUGGUGGUUUUCCCAUACUCCAUCCUCUCCACGUGUCAGCAGUCAGCAUGCCCAGAUUGAGAAAUCUAUGGAUUGUGAUAAUA